AUGAUGUUGCAGAAACCUAAGAUUCACCAGCUCCGCCUUUUAAGGUUAAGAACAAAUCAACCCAUUAUCAAAAGAUUCAACUCAAACAAAAACAAGUUCUCUUCUAUUGAAGAGUUUAACAGGAACAAAACGAAAUAUUCUUAUGGGUACAAUUUUGAGUCUUUAAAGGAACUUGAUGACAAAACACAACCUCCGGAGCAUUCUAAACGAAGCGCAAGUGAAGACACUAUUGAUAUCAAUGAAGUUAUUGAAAAUGAUCCCCGUCUCACUAAGCUCAAGCCAGGGUCUCAUGAGUAUCGAGAAACUUUGCAUCAACUCCACCAAGAAUUUAUCUCAAAGCAAAAGAAUCUGCAAAAGCGUCAUGAAUUCAAUGAGAGGAUGCGGGGGGUAUUUUAUGGAGUAGCUGCGUUAGUUGGGGUAGUUUCCGUGCAUCAGAUAUUUAUGAAUUACGAAUCUAUAAAAAAUCGACUUUUGAUGAACUACACAUAUAAAGAUUUCAAGGAUGAGGUAGUUGAUGUGACAAAGAAAAAUGUGAAAAGCUCGAAACAUUUAAUGGAGAAGCUAGAAAAAGAGUUGAGUGAUGAGAACAUAGCACAACUCAAACAUUCCAAAGAAACUCCUGGUGUCUAUCUGUUUGGAGACAAUACAAAAAUACCCAUCAGAAUACCUGCAUUUGAUGGAAUAUAUUUGAAGGAUGCCUUUAUUGAGAGUGGUCACAUAAUUGCCAUAACUGAUAAAGGGAAAGUUGUUGAAUGGGAAAAGGGUCAGCAGAAGUUGAAAGAGAUAAAAUUACCUUUUGUGGUCAACAAAAUAACCGCUAGUGCUGACUUCUUUUACUAUUUGACCAGUCAAGGAGAAAUUGUGUACACCCCAAGGAAGCCUGCUGCUGGUUUUUUCCCCAUGCUAAAACGUAAUUGGUUGGGAUUGUUAAAAUCUCAAACAUUCAACAAAAUUGAAGCCCAAAAUGUGGUACAAUUCUCCUCGGGUCUUGACCAUUUGCUAUUUCUCACUAGUCAGGGCCAAAUUUUUGUGGUCAACACUUCCAAGACACCAAAAAAUUUAGGUCAGUUCGGACCACAAUAUUCCCCAUUUGAUAAAAAGAAGAUUCCAAUUAAUAAGCCCAUUGAAAUGACCUUGUUAAACAAUGAAAUGGUCAAGGAUGGAAACCAGAAGCUUAUCGUUUCGAGGAAAUUCAUAGGUAUUGCCAGUGGCAAUUACUUCAACAUUGUGUCAGAUGCAAAUGAUAGUGUAUGGACCUGGGGUGACAAUAGUUAUGGCCAAUGUGGUAACUCAAAUACCACUAAACUUGAACCGAUUCCCCAAAAAGUUUUUGACAAGAACGAUUACAAAAGAAUUUGUAGAAACGUGUUUGGAAAAACAGCAAAGGAGGCAGACUUCGAAGUGUCCAAAGUUUUGGCUUCUAAAGAGACCAGCUAUAUUAUUUUAAGAUACAUGGAUCAAAAUGCAAUUUUGAGUAUGGGUAAUGGACUUAAUGGACAAUUGGGCGGUGGCAAAUACCUUCAUGUAUGCUCUUACCCCGAGAUUGUCAAGUCGUUGAUUGGGUUGAAGGAAUAUGACGAGGAAUCAAAUUCCGUCAAGAAUAUUGACAUCAAAGACGCUACUGUUGGUAAUGACCACAUAUUUAUCGUAUUGAAUAAUGGCGGUCCAAAGGAUGUUUUUGCCUUGGGAUCCAAUCAGCUUGGUCAAUUUGGAAAUGGAAAGAAAAUUAAAGCAUGCAAGCCUACUAGAUUGCCCAGAUUACUUGAACCACAAGAUGGAAAUGACAAAUUGACUCUCGCCAAAUCCAUAAACGACAUGAACACACAAAGAUUGCAGUUACUUGACGACCACAGAAUCGGAAAGCAUAAUGUUGAGCAAGUGAUCGUGGCUGGAGAGGACUGCUCAAUGAUAUAUUACAAGAUCAAAUAA